UAGUAUUUCCCUAAAUGCCAGCUUUUCCAAUUCAUUAUUGCCUUAGAUGUAUCCUGGCUGUGGCUGUCGAGCAGCGCUGAAGGACACCAACUAGCAAUUUUAUUUUUGGAUUGUUUGUGGGCCUUAACUGGUUUAGUGCCUCCUUUUUGUGAGAUGGCUGGUGGGUAAUGAAUGAGUGGAAACAGGAAGACAGAAGCAACAAUUUAAUUUAAUUUAAUUAAUUUAAUGUAUUGGAUUUGUUAUGGCCGCCCACUCCAGAAGACUCCAGGCAGUUUACAAAAUUCAGAAAACAAUAAAAAAAAUUAAAACAGUUAAUAAAAACAAGGGAGUGAUGGAGAUGGUCUCCUGAAUGGAUGGGCUAAAGGAAGAAAAGGAAGGAGACUACAGUGUGGAUGUGCUGACAGGCUUCUGUAGGUACAUUAAUAUUUUUGGUGCCAAUAUAAUGAUGCCAAUCCUCAGUGUCCUCCUGCUUUAAUGGACAACAUGUUAUCUUUGCAGGUUCUGAUCCCAACUUCAAGAAGGAAAGGUUGUGCCUUGUGACAAAAAAAUAGAGAAAAGGCAGACUUUCUACAGUAGUCUAAGAAGUUUUCUUUAAGAAAAGAUCUCAUAUGGACAAGGAAGAUCUAGGUGGCCUUGGAGCAGAAGCUACUCUGCUUCCAUCCAGGAAGGAAGCACUGGGCAUUUCUGGGAAAGGACCAUUCAGACACACGAGGAAGACACGGUCUGCUCAGUUACAUGAAACCAAGACUUUUAGAAAUACUGCCCUUGAAAAGUUUGCAGCCCAGUUGAGUUUCUCUGCUGUCAGUGGCCAAAACUAGAGUAAGAAUUAGAUCCUACAAAACGUAAUUAUACUUACAGUUAUGGAGAGUCAGGACAGAGAAUGUGCCUCAGAGGCCGGUGACCAGGUGGUGUCCUUGGCAGAAACUUUUCUCCUGUCCCAGGCAGAAAACAAGAAGGAAAAACAGCAGAAGGAAUUGACAGAUGCUGUUCUCAAAUCUUCUGAAGCCGAGAAGGGUCCAUCAGAAAACAGACCAGGGUCCUUGCCAAGAGGAAUCCUGGAGGAGAGGGAAGGAGCAGUGCUCUUACUGGGUGAUGGAACGAUGCUGGAAACCAAUACGCAGCCAGUGGUUUGUUUUGAUGGAGGAGAAGCAGCUGGCGUGCAACUGGAUCAGAGCCCCUUGACCUUGGAGGAGGUGGCCGUGUAUUUCACAGAGGAGGAGUGGGCGCUGCUGGGUCCUGAGCAGAAAGCUCUCCACCAAGAAAUUAUGGAGGAGCUUAUGGCAUUUUUUGGUGAUGAAUGGAAAACUAAGAAUAAAGGUGACUUAUGUACACCUCAAAGAACUUUUACAGGAAAAAAACCAUAUCACUGCUUGGAAUGUGGAAAGUGCCUUGGCACGAAGACCAAGCUUACCAUACAUCAAAGAAGUCAUACAGGGGAAAAACCGUAUGCAUGCUUGGAGUGUGGAAAGUGCUUCAGUUCAAAUGCAUAUCUGGGUAGACAUCAACGAAUUCACACAGGGGAGAAAACAUGUAGGUGCUUGGAGUGUGGAAAAUGCUUCAGUUCGAACACGCACCUCCGCAGACAUCACAGAAGUCAUACUGGGGAGAGACCGUAUCAUUGCUUGAAGUGUGGAAAGAGUUUCAGUGUGAGCAGUAAUCUUGCUUCCCAUUAUAGAGUUCACACUGGUGAGAAGCCAUAUAAAUGUUUGGAGUGCGGAAAAUGCUUCAGUUCGAACAGACACCUAAAUGUACAUCACAGAACUCAUACUGGGGAGAGACCAUAUACGUGCUUGGAGUGUGGAAGGAGCUUCAGCGUGAGCAGUUCUCUCACUUCCCAUUAUAGAAUCCAUUCAGGUGAGAAGCCCUAUGAAUGUUUGCAGUGUAGUAAAUGUUUUGCUCGCAGUUCGGACCUUAUGAAGCAUAAAAAAAUUCACACAGGAGAGAAACCCUAUAAAUGCUCAGACUGUGGAAAGAGCUUCAUGCGCACUUCAGACCUUAUUACACACAAAAAAAUUCAUAUGGGGGAAAAACCACAUAAAUGCUUGGACUGUGGAAAGGGUUUCAGUAGAAAAAAUAGCCUUUGCACACAUCAAAGGACUCAUAUAGGAGAAAGACCCUAUAAAUGUUUGGAAUGCGGAAAGAGUUUCAGUCAGAGGAUAAAUCUCACCUGUCAUGAAAGAACACACACAGGAGAGAAGCCCUUUAAAUGUUUAGAAUGUGGAAAAUGCUUUAGCGUGAGCAGUUCUCUUACUUCCCAUCAAAGAAUUCAUACAGGAGAGAAACCCUAUAAAUGCUUAGAGUGUGGAAAAUCCUUCCCUUGCAAUUCUCACCUUACUAAGCAUCAAAGAAAUCAUACAGGGGAGAAACCCUAUAAAUGCUUGGUGUGUGGGAAAUGUUUCUAUUGGAAUGCACAUCUUAAUACUCAUCAAAGAACUCAUACAGGGGUGAAGCCGUAUAAAUGUUCAGAAUGUGAUAAAUGCUUUUCUCGCAGUUACGACCUUGUUACACACACACACACACAUAUGGGCAAUAAACCACACAAAUGUUUGGAAUGUGGAAAGUGCUUCAUUACGAAGAGAAACCUUAACACACACACAAGAAUUCACACAGGGGAGAGACCAUACAAAUGCUUGAAAUGUGGAAAAAGUUUUGCUCAGAGGAUAAAUCUGAGUUCUCAUCAAAAUUCACAUAGGGUAGAAACUGUAAAUAAGCAAAAAAAAAAAGGCUCCCUUCUCGGGUGGCAGUUUUAAAAGCUGUUGCUAAUAUGUGAAAUCACCUCCCUAUAAGCAAACAGCAGGAAAAGCAAGAAUCCGCCUACAUUGAACUGAGCUGUUUAUUAAAAAUCAGUUUGGUAGAAAUUAACUUUUUAAAAGCAGAAAUUGGUUUUGCAAAAGCAAGUAAGUGCAAGAGACUUGCAGUUUGCAGAAUCAAGGUAAAUACUUGUAUGCCAUUGACUGAAAUCUCUGUCUCACCAUGAAUAAAAUAUUUAAUGUUAUGCUUGAA